GCCUUCACUAGAGGUCGCUGUUUCCACUUCUGCGCUCUGUCUCCGCAGUGCUGCCUGUCGACGAGGAGUGCGUUUGAUUGUUGCAGGGCUCAAUGGCGGACAGAGGAGGAUAGUCGCGUUAGCACCGAAGACAAUAACAUCUCGACUGUGUGAAUCCCUGGCGUGCCUCGGUCCACCGCUGCGUGUCCAUCGGGUGCACCGGUUGAAACGAGCUCUCUUGUACAGCAAUAUUAAAUACAAAGUCGCUGCAGCCAUUUUCCGCUCGUCUUCUCGCAUUCUUGAGUUCCUAUCCCGAGCGGAGAAGUUAGACUGUUCAUGGUGGCUCAGUGAAGAUAGCUAGCUUGCGAGCAAAACCAUGGGGGAGUCUUUCGAGCUGAUAGGGAGGCGUCUGUUUUUGCUGCUCGACGACGGCAGGUCCGCGAAUGGAACCGAAACGGAGCAGGUUGCCAGGUCCCGGAAUUGGCUCCGGGGGACCGUGCGGGCAGUGAGCAUCAUCGGCCUGGCCUCCUCGGAUGUUAGCGGAGGAGAGGCGACAACAACAACCUCUGCUGCAGGGCUGACGGUAUUUGUGGAGUUUGAGAAUGCUGUGCAGCGUUGCUCUUGGGUGCGGGUGUAUGACGAAGUGGUGAAAGCUGUGUUGGUAGAAGACUCCAUUGUUUGGGCCAGCCGGAGUGAUGGUACUGGGAUUACUGGUGCCCCAGCCACUGCCUGGCCUGCUCUGGCCUUCCGCUCCCUGGUGGACAGAGUGGGUUUAGGAUCCUUGGUUCCUGUGGAGUAUUUUGGAAACAAGAACUUUGAUUUCCUGCCUGACAACAAAAAUGUCCAGAGGUUUGAGGUUGAUAAAGACAUAAGACACCCGUUGUUGUUGGAGCAGCCCUCCCUACAGGCUGCCAUCUCCAGCUGGCGUACGGACUUUGAACUGCAGGAGAUCUUCAGGAAGGGCUCAUUCAAUAUUCAAGGGCGCAGGGUUCGUGUGUACCAGCCAGAGUUUGAGGAAUGCUGGGCCUCAGGACUGGUCUCACAGCACGACCAUAUCACACAUCUUAUGCAGAUUACCUUGGACAAGGGAGAUGAAGCUCAGAUGGUGGAUCCUCGUGUGAUGCAUGUCAUGCUGGCAGAUGAGGAGCUUGGAAAGAAUGGGCGGCGAAGGAAAGACAGUGAAACAGUGAAGGCCGAUAGUGGAUGCAGACGUAGGACUGCCUCCGGAGGUGAGGAUGACUUCAACUUGAAACGUUUUAAAGGAGCAGGAGACGUGGGAGCUGAUGCACAAAAUUGUGGCGACACCAACAAAACCCUAGCGGAGGGGAUGGGGAUCUGGGGUGGUGACAUUGGUGAAAGAGUCAGCAGCACAACCAAAAAUGGAAGCUCUUCAGAAGGAACCGUUCCUCAGGGCCAAGCGUUGUCUCCCAGCACCAAUUCUUCACUCCCAAUGGAUCAGUCACAUGCUACUCCUCGUUAUCCUGCCCACAUCAAAGAAAAUGGGCGCUCACUUUCCACACAAGGGGUAGCAGACUCCACCAGCAACCUUACUCACACCCCCACCCCUCCUCCUUUGAAACCAGCCCCUUCUCCCUUUUCCACCACAUCUUUCCCCUCACUAGGCCAGAUGCCAAACCUUGUCCCUGGUGCUCCUGCCCAAAAGGCCUCCACAUCCCCUCAGCCAGACCGAGAGGAGGCCUCCCAGUCAGCCUAUUCCAAAACAGCUGCUCUUGUUUCCCCGGGGCCUGUCACCAUUUCCUGGUCGCAUGACAGCAGCCCUAGUGUGGCACUUUCUGCUUCUGUGUCUUUUAGUCCUAAAGCCCCCACCUGGGGAAGCCAGACUGAGGUUUCUAAAACUGCAUUGGGGUUUCGUUUGCCCCAGGCUGUGCCCACUGUUCCUGUUUUUGGAGAUGUCACCUCUCAGACUAAUGGAGCUCCUGCCCCUACCACAACCUCUCAGGACGCUCCCAGGUCUUUUGGCUUUGGCUUUUGUGGAGCAAAGAAUGAGACUCAAGCCCAACAAGACCAAAACUUGUUUUUUCAGUGCAUGACCCAGAGUUCUGGCUCCAGCCCUAGCCUGACUGCUGGUCAGGCCCAAUCCAAGGACACCAAUUACUUCACUGCAGUGUCUGAGAGCCUAAGUAAAGAGCCCCCAUGCCUUUUCAAGCCUGCGGCCUCCACUGAAGGGCAGAAAAAACCUGAGCAGCACAAAGUGCUUGAGACUCAUCCGACGGGAAAUGGUGUGCUCAACAAAUUGUCAUCGGCCUUCCAAGGCAUGGGUGGCUCAGCUGGAGGAAGAGGCUCCGAGCUAAGUAUUGGUGGCCUGACUGUGGCCUCUGGAGUCCAAAAUGUUUCUAAGAAGAGCUGUAAUAAUGGAACAUCUGUGGCGGGCUUAGGGAUGCAGUCUGGUUUUAAUACUUCAGAUAGCCACCAGAACCUUUUUUUGCAAGCCUCCAGCGAGCCUGCCAAUCCAUUUCUGGCAUAUGGGGACAAAACCUCCCACACGCCCUUUGCUGGUCUCAGUGGGGCUGAACCACAGACCCUGGGUGCUGCCUCAGACAGCAAGCCAAAUCUGUUCACUAUGGCAGAGCCACCUAAGGGGAUUCUUUCUUCUUCUUUCCCAGCAUUCUCAGCAGCUGCUUCACCCAGCUCUUCCUCAUCUCCAGCACCGGGCUCAUCUCUGAGGUCACAGAGUGAAGGGACUGUGACAGCAGAGGAUCAAGAGGUUGAGGAGAGGCCUACAUCCACCUCAGGCUGCCCCAUGUUUGGAAGCACUGGCCCUGGUGGAAUGGAGGAGGUGCCUGUGUCUUUUGACCAGAGCCAAUCUCAGAAGUUUACACUGGAGGAAAGAGGUCAGUCGUCCAAACGUGACUCUGAAUCCAGCAGCAACAGUGACCUGUCAGACCUCAGUGAGAAUGAGGAAGGCCCAGAGAAGGGCCAGGUUCCAGGAGGGCCACCACACCCUACCAAGGAUGGGGCCAUGCAGCAGAAAAGUAAAGUCCAAGGAGCUGCUAAAAAUCGUUCACGCAACAAGCCUUUCAAAGUUGGCCAGUCUGUGUUAAAAGACCAGAGCAAGGUCCGUCGUCUGAAGCAGUCUGGUGAGUCCUUUCUCCAGGAUGGCUCCUGUAUCAGUGUGGCCCCUCACUUGCACAAAUGCCGCGAGUGCCGUUUGGAGCGUUAUCGUAAAUACCGAAGUACAGACGAAGAUAGUGAUGAUGAUGGUGACCCAAAUGUUGCCUGUCGCUUCUUUCACUUCAGAAGAUUGGCUUUUACCCGUAAAGGUGUUCUGCGUGUGGAAGGCUUCCUGAGUCCUCAGCAGAGUGAUUCCAUGGCUAUGGGUUUGUGGCUACCUGCACCAGCUGUCCAAGAGGGGCUUGACCUUGAUACAUCAAAGUACAUCCUGGCCAAUGUGGGAGACCAGUUCUGCCAGUUGGUCAUGUCUGAAAAAGAGGCCAUGAUGAUGGUGGAGCCUCACCAGAAAGUGGCCUGGAAACGAGCUGUGCGAGGUGUCAGAGAAAUGUGUGAUGUGUGUGAGACCACUUUGUUCAACAUCCACUGGGUGUGUCGCAAGUGUGGUUUUGGAGUGUGUCUGGACUGCUAUCGGCUCCGAAGAAACAGGCCAAGGGAGGAUGUAGAUGAAGGUCUGGAGGAUGAGGUUUUCUCCUGGUUAAAGUGUGCCAAAGGUCAACCUCAUGAGCCACAGAACCUCAUGCCUACGCAGAUUAUACCUGGGACAGCUCUUUACAACAUUGGGGAUAUGGUGCAUUCAGCGAGAGGGAAGUGGGGCAUUAAGGCCAAUUGUCCUUGUGCCAGUCGACACACCAAGCCUCUAUUGCGCCCUAGUGCCCCCAAUGGAAUUUCACAGUCGACAACAGGCGGUGGCAGCAGCCUUGCAGCUGCAGCUUCUGGUCUCAGCACCACUCCAAAAUCAGAGGGAGAAACACCAGCGAUCAAAACAGAAACUACACAAACAGCAGUGCCAUCAGACAGUGGGGGUGGGGAAAUUGUGGGCAGUAGUUGUAACUCCACCAGUAGUACAUCCUCCCACUGUAACCUCUCUCAGUCUACUGCCAAGGAGUCACGCUCAUCAGGGGAAGGCAACAGCUCUGCUUUGCACUGGCUGGCAGACUUGGCCACACAAAAAGCCAAGGAUGACACCAAGGAAUCCGGUUCACUUCGCUCCAUGAUGAGUCGAGAUAGCAGACCUCCGUUUGGCCUGGAUUCACUUAGUGCCCUGUCAAAGCCUUCUGCUUCCAGCCCUAAGCUAUUUAACAGUCUGUUACUGGGCUCUAACAUGGCCCAGUCCAAACCUGAAGGGUCCAGUCUCCGGGAUUUGCUCAACUCCGGACCAGGCAAACUUCCCCAGGGCCCCGGAGAGAGUGGGGUACCAUUCCCUUCCGUCUUUACCUCAGCAGGCAGUGACAAGCUGAAGAGCAGCCUCCCAAACUUCCUGGACCACAUUAUUGCCUCUGUUGUGGAGACCAAGAAGGCAGAAGGCCGGCGCAGUGGGGGCUCUGAAAGUGGCGAGCUUGGUGUGUUAGGGGGGCGCAAAGAUGGUGUAAUGGGCCUUAGUGUUUUGGAACCACAUACCUCUCAUUCCUGGUUCUGUGACGGACGACUCCUCUGCCUACAGGAUCCUAGCAACAGCAAUAACUGGAAGAUCUUCAGAGAGUGUUGGAAACAGGGACAACCUGUGUUGGUGUCGGGGAUACAUAAACGUCUGAAAGCUAAUUUGUGGCGGCCCGAAGCCUUCAGUGAUGAGUUUGGAGACCAGGAUGUAGACCUGGUCAACUGUAGAAAUUGUGCUAUCAUCUCUGAUGUGAAGGUGCGAGACUUCUGGGACGGCUUCCAGGUCAUCACCAAGCGACUUCAAGAUGCUGAUGGCAGGCCCAUGGUGUUGAAAUUAAAGGACUGGCCCCCAGGUGAAGACUUCAGGGACAUGAUGCCCACACGGUUUGAUGACCUGAUGGAAAAUCUGCCUUUGCCUGAGUAUACAAAAAGAGACGGUCGUCUAAACCUCGCUGCUCGUCUGCCCAACUUUUUUGUGCGUCCUGACCUUGGACCCAAGAUGUACAAUGCCUAUGGCUUAAUCUCGACUGAAGACAGGAAAGUGGGAACUACUAACCUUCAUCUGGAUGUGUCUGAUGCUGUCAACGUCAUGGUCUAUGUUGGCGUACCUGAAGGAGAUGAAAACCAGGAGCAAGAGGCAGAUAUCUCUGGACGCAAAGAGGUCAUGACCACCAUCGAGGAGGGCGAUGUGGAUGAAAUGACAAAGCGCAGGGUGUAUGAAGGUGAAGAGAAACCUGGGGCUCUCUGGCACAUUUAUGCUGCCAAGGAUGCCGAGAAGAUCAGAGAACUGCUCCGCAAGGUGGGUGAAGAGCAGGGUCAAGAAAACCCUCCAGACCACGACCCCAUUCAUGACCAGAGCUGGUACUUGGACCAGGUUCUCCGCCGCAGGCUCUAUGAAGAAUAUGGCGUCCAGGGUUGGGCCAUUGUACAGUUCUUAGGAGAUGCUGUAUUUAUCCCUGCUGGGGCCCCACACCAGGUGCACAACCUGUACAGCUGCAUCAAAGUGGCCGAGGACUUUGUCUCUCCUGAGCAUGUGAGGCACUGUUUCAGGUUGACCCAGGAGUUCAGACACCUGUCCACUACUCAUACAAACCAUGAAGACAAGCUACAGGUGAAGAACAUCAUCUAUCACGCAGUGAAGGACGCUGUUGGGACACUGAAGGCCCAUGAACCUAAACUAACACGCCCUUAGUUCCUCACUCAACGCCGUCCCAAAACAACCGACCUCUGAAGAUCACUCCCACCACACGCACAGCACACAUCACACACCUACAUACACGUGUACAUGCUGCAGAUUAUACAGAGGGGUGAGGCAGUAAAAGUGUUUUUUUUUUGUUUUGUUUUGUUUUUUGAGGAGGGAUUAGAUGGGAAUGGGCUAGUCAGUGCUUCGAUGAAGAAAGUCCUUUAUCGCUGUUACACAGUAUGCUCAAACCUAUCUAGUUGUUUUCCAAAUUUUUUAACUCUGUAUUUAAGGUCAGUGUUUGUUCUGUUGUUUUCAUUGUAUAUGUAAGAUGUAAGAGUAAGGCCCAUGACGUGCCUUUGGAGUAGAGGUUCAGCUACCAUACAAGCGACUGACAAAAUGUGAGUGCUGGGCUAACGUUCCUGUUUUGAUCGCGUCAAUAUUAUUUUCCUUCAAUAGGAGAGUAGUUAACCUGUUUUUGUAGAUUUUUUUUGUUUGUUUGUUUAUUGGAGUUUUUAAACAGGUGAGAGGCUCUGCCCUCUGUGGCUAGAACGAAUUUGCGAAGCAGCCAGUGAAGGGAAGCAGACCAAAGUUUUGUAUUUUUAGUUUUUAUUAAAAUUUCAUUUCACCCUUG